AGGCUGUGAUUACCAACGGCCUUGUUGAGAUUGUCACGGGCGCCAUGGCCCUGGAGGGAUAGAGCUGGUCAUAGUCAUACAAAGUCAUUCUUCUGUGUCAUGUCCCAACAUAAACUCCACACAAUUUGGAACCACCACCGCACCCCCUCUCUCUUCACCAUGUUUGGCUUCGGCAAGGCCAAUAGCAGCAAGAAGGAAAAACCCGCCCAGGUGGUGGUCGCGCCGCCCACGCCCGCAAUACCCUUGACACUCUGCGAAGAUGGACGCGACAAGUACUGGGGUCUCGAGAACUUUGGCAGUACGUGCUAUGCCAACUCUGUCUUACAAGCACUCUACUAUACUCCGCCCUUUCGCAAUGCCAUGCUCAGCGCGCCGUGUACAGAAGAGGUGCUCGAGGCCAUCUUCUCAGAACCGUAUCCGCAACGUUCCUUUGCUGAUGUGAAUACACCCCCGCCGCCGCCUCCGCAGCUCGUCAAGAAGAAGAAGGGCUUGAGUUCCUGGACACUAGAAGAGGAAGAGAAGGAGGAAUUUAGAAAACGCAGUUACUAUCCAAAAGGUGAGCCGCCAUUGCAGCACGCCAUGUUUCCAGAGCCACCCGUUGCAAAGAGUGAUGUUGCCUUUCGCGGAGCAGAGAUGAAGGCGUCGGAUGAUACGGCGACGGAUGCCUUCAAAAAGCGCCUGCUAGAGACGCAUCUAGUCAUCUCACCUCAAGCGAGGGAACGGUCUGAUGCAGUGCUGUUUGAAUCCCUUCGAGACGUCUAUACCUCUCUUGCUGAUCAAAAGCAACGGACAGGCAUCCUCUCCCCAAAGAGCUUCAUGGAUACGCUACGCAGAGAGAAUGAAAUGUUUCGACAAAACAUUCACCACGACGCACACGAGUUCCUCAACUAUAUCCUCAACAGCGUCCACGACGGCUAUGCACAUCUCACAAAGAAAAAUGCGCUCAGAGAUACGACCUUUGUGCACCGCAUCUUCGAAGGCACACUCGCUUCUGAAGUGCGUUGCUUGACGUGUGAAAAUAUUACUUCGCGAGAUGAGUCAUUCCUAGACCUGUCGCUCGAUAUUGAAGAAGACACCUCUGUUUCUGCCUGUAUGCGCGCCUUCUCAGCAUCAGAAUUCCUCAGAGAAAAGAACAAAUUCUUUUGCGAGGCUUGCAACGGUCUACAAGAGGCUGAACGCCGUAUGAAGAUUCGGAAGCUUCCAAAAGUCCUUGCGCUACAUCUCAAGCGCUUCAAAUACGAGCAAGAGGUACAGCGCCACGUCAAACUUCAACAUGUCGUACGGUAUGAAACCACCCUUCGGCUAGGCAACACGACAGACGACGCAGCAGACCCGGACCGGCUCUAUGAAUUGUAUGCAGUCGUGGUUCAUCUCGGUGGAGCAUCCUACCAUGGCCACUAUAUUGCUUGUGUGCGCACUGAUCAUCUUGGCUGGAUCCUGUAUGAUGACGAACACGUUGAACGUAUCCCAGAAAGCGUCGUCAUGCGCUUCAUUGGCGGUGAAGAUUCAGGAACUGCCUGCGCCUAUGUCUUGUUUUACAGAACCGUGGAUGAAGAGGAGGAUUUAUUGGAGCGUGCGUGUUUGACGUUGCCGGCAACAUCAAAACACGCAGCGCCUACUCCGCCGGACGCUGAAGCUGACCCAACCAUGGCUGUCGCUGCCGUGGAUAUACCCAGCCCGCCCUCUGCUGCGAAAAAGGCACUGCAAAGAACGCCUUCCAUGCCGAUUGUGCCGAGUCAUGGUUCUGGCCCACUCAGACGAUCUGCUUCUGCUGUACUGACGCCUAUCUCUACAAGCUCACCUGCAGCACCAGAAGGUGUUGUAUCGCCCAGGAAUGGUUUUGCAAGAGGCAUGCCAGCUGUUCAGGAAGAUCAUCACGGUCCCUACACACAAACACAAAUUACAUCAACACCGCUCGAUGAGAUGGAUGAACCAGAGUGGCCAGCUGCAGCAAUAGCACUCAAAUCACCCACUAUGCCCGUCAGACCUGUCCUGGCAGAGAAGAAGUCUGGCUUGAGCAGAUUCAGCUCGUUUCGUGGGAAAAAGUCAUUUUCAUUUGGUUUGAAUAAGAAGGACUUGCCAGGUGGUGCGUCGCCUGAGCAACAGCCAGAAGAUAUGGGGAAGCUGGCGAAACGCCGGUCCAGUCUAUUCGGCAAGUCUUGACGCGUAUUUAAUGGUUUGCACGUAUGGUUAUAUAGAGUGGUCUUGUCUUUAUGGCGAAAAUCUCACUCCUUGACGCACCUGAACCUCCACCCGGUCGUGCCUAGCCUAUGCUUCUCUUCAGCUCCCUCUAAGAAGUCAGACGCCUCCACUGGCCAGCCUGUGAUCAUCGACAAUGGCGCCUGUCCAUGACCGUGUGUGCAACCGCGACUGCAUCUCAGGAUGCGUCAUAUGCAGCCAUGCCAAAGACACGUGCC